CUCACAUCAUAUCGAGACGAAUGUGUGAAGCGAUUAAAAUGUGCCGAGGAAUAUAACCUGCUGUAGGUAAUAAGCACAGAAUAAGCUACGACAUUUCGGAACGUACCAACUGGUUUUUCUUCUCGUAGCUGUUGGCCGUCUCGCCUUCCCUCUCAAUAACAUCCGUAGCUCCUUCCCUGCUCACCUGCCACAUCCCACGUCCCACCACCACUUCGUCCCCCCGCUACUAUUAACCUCCAAGAUUACCCCCAAAACCCAACCACCCGAAAUGGGCAGAAUGAAGAAACAGAAGAGCAUGGGCCGGCCACGCGCUGGCUCGACGUCGUCCGUCCACAGCCAGGAGUCGGGCUUAUCCGGCCCCACCGUCCACGGCGGCAACCACAACCCGGGCGGCAGCGCCGUGGACUUCGCCGUCGAGGCCGCCAACUGCCCUCAGACCAUCGAGCGCAAGCAGGCCGCCGACGCCGACGCCUCCCUCCCCAAGCCGUCCAUCGCGCGGGCCAACAUUGCCGUGUCGACGGCUAAGCCCGAGGGCAGUGUCGAGGCCGAGGAGAAGUUUCGCGAUUUUACGGUGCUCCAGCAGCAUGUGUUGUUCUGGGAUCGCGACGCCGACGGCGAGAUCUACCCCUGGGACACCUACACCGGGUUCCGCGAUCUGGGGUUCAGCAUCCUGUUCUCGCUGCUUGCGAUGCUGAUUAUCAACGUCAACUUCUCGUACCCCACGCGGCUGGCCCUCUCGUGGUGGCCCGAUCCGCUGUUUCGGGUGUAUGUUGGCGGUAUCCAUAAGGCGAAGCAUGGCUCCGACUCCGGGACGUACGACAAGGAGGGCCGCUUCGUGCCGCAGCACUUUGAAGACAUGUUCUCCAAGUGGGAUGUCACUCACUCCGGGUCGCUGUCUGCUGGCGAGCUGUGGCGCAUGAUCAAGGGGAAUCGGUUGGCUGCCGAUCCGUUCGGGUGGGGAGCCGCCAUAUUCGAGUUUGGCACCACGUGGCUGCUUGUGCAGGAUAACGGAAGAGUGUCGAAGGAGGAUCUUCGCCAGACGUACGAUGGCACGAUCUUCUGGAAGAUCAAGAAGUUAAGGGAGCAGGGGAAGGGCUGGCACAAGGGGUUUGGACUGAGAGACCUCGCUGCCGUUUUGAUGGCUGGCCCCGGGAAGCUACAGGGCCAGCAGAUUUUGUUUUAGGUUGACGCGGACACAGCCACGCUGUUGACCGCCACGGACUUUGAACUAUUGAACGGUGAGCGUAGGCCGAAGCAUACAUUCAUGAGGCUGGACGUUGGUGGUUCUGUUACCAAUCCUGCAUGUAAUUCAUAGGGAAGUCUGUAUGAUAUGGCCUCGAGUUCAGACC